AUGCAAGACGAGAGCUUCCAAUUCGGUCGAUGGCUUUCUACGCCGCCUCCUGGCGAAGAAGUCGUCAUUACAGGAAUUUCGGGACAAUUUCCCAAAUCCCAGAACGUGAGAGAAUUUCGGGAUAAUCUAGUCAACAAGAAAUCAAUGCUUUCAAAAAUUGAAGAACGUUGGAUGGUAAAACAUACAGAAGUACCUCCAACCGCGGGACUUCUCCCUGACAUUACCAAAUUUGAUCUGGGAUUUUUUGGGGUUCAUUGGAGGCAAUGCCAGACUAUGGAGCCUACUCUUCGAGGGUUUCUUGAGGUUAGUUUGGAGGCAAUCCUGGAUGCGGGAUUGCAUCCAGACGAAUUGAAAGGAACCAAAACCGGGGUUUUUGUGGGGUACUCCUGGUCGGAUGUUGAAUGGGCAUCUUUGAAGAGUAUCGACCAACCACAAACUUUUGGAGUUACUGGUUUUGAGCGUUCCUUUAUUCCAAGAAGACUCAGUUAUUUUUUGAAACUAAAAGGACCGAGUUAUAUUGUCGACACUGCUUGCAGUAGCUCACUUAAUGCUCUAGAUCAUGCUCUUAAGGCUAUAAGAAGUGGGCAAUGUGAUAAUGCCUUAGUUGGAGGCUGCAAUUUAACACUCAAUUUAAACACAACUUUACAAUUUGCCCGUUUUGGCGUUUUGAGUAAAGAAGGACGUUGCAAGGUGUUUGAUCAAGAUGCUGAUGGUUAUGUCCGAAGUGAAACAAUUGCUUGUGUUUUUCUACAAACGGCGAAAAAUGCUCGACGGAUUUAUGCAAAAAUUAUUCAUUCGAAAUCGAAUCAUGAUGGGUUUAAAAACGAAGGGAUUUUCUUCCCGUCGUCUGAAAUGCAAAGCAAACUACUUAGAGAAAUGUACCAUGAAAGUACCAUUGAUCCAUCCCGUCUAACUUACAUGGAGCUUCAUGGUACCGGUACUAAAGUAGGAGAUUCAGAAGAGGUCCAAGCUGUAGAUAAUGCCAUUUGUACAAAACGAAAAAAACCGCUUUAUAUUGGAGGUGUCAAAUCCAGUAUAGGUCAUGCAGAACCAGCUUCAGGGAUGGCAGCUCUUAUUAAAGUACUCCUUGCUAUGGAAGAAGAAUUUCUCACCCCUAACAUUAAUUUAAAAAAAAUUAAAACCGGCAUGGUUGCAUUGGAAGAAGGAAGAAUGAAAGUUGUAACAGAAGUAACUCCAUUUCAAAGUGACGAUACCAUAAUGAGUGUCAGUAAUUUUGGUUUUGGUGGUACCAACUGUCAUGUAAUACUUGAAAGAAUUUCGGAAAAGAAAUCACGUUUUGAAGACAACAUUCCAAGAUUGGUUUGUGUGAGUGGUAGAACUGAAGAAAGUGUGAAGACAAUUCUGGAUAAUUUGGAACCACUUAACUGUGAAUUUGUUGGUUUACUACAUCAAAUUUUUAAAAAACAAUUUACGGAUCAUUUGUAUAGAGGGUACUCAAUUGUAACGAAAAAUGGUAUUCUUGAUACUUCAAUUGAGCAAAAUUUGGAUCAGAAAUUAACGUUUUAUGUCAAUUUUGGGCGUUUUGACAAGUUGUACCAAAUUGUGGGACAAUACUUUUUACAAUUCCCUAGUUUUCAAAAUUCGAUGCAUCGAAUCAAUAUAAUUUUGAGUGACUACAACUUAAACAUUAUUGAUAUAAUUCAAAAACAAGGCAUAAAAACCGGUGAAGAAAUUUUAGGGGGCAUUGCAGUUCAAAUCGGAGUUGUUGACACUUUAAAAGAAAUAGGCCUUGACCCAACUGUGAUCUCCACAGACUUGACAGGGAAACCAACUUGUGAUUAUUUCGACCACAAGUUAACACUUAAAGAAGUAAUUCUUCAAACACUUGACUUGGAUUUCAAGGUUUUAAAUCCAGUACUUUCGAAUCCAAAAAAAGACAGACACAAAAGAAAAACUCCAACAUUUGAAAGUUUAAACACAUAUUCUGAAAAUUCCAUCAUUUUGGAUCUUUCUAAUACAAACGAAAAGCUUUUAAAAAAUCACAUAUUUUUACAAAUUCUGGGCAAAUUAUUUAAGCAAGGAUACAACCUCCAACUCGAUAAAUUGUACCCAGAGGUUUUAUUUCCAGUUGGUAGAAAUACACCCAUGAUUGCACCAUUAAUAAAAUGGAAUCAUUCCAAAAGUUGGGAGGUCGAUCCUUUUGUAAAACUUGCUGAGUAUUCAAGUAUGGAAUACGAUGUGAGAUUAGCUGAAGAGAAUCUUUAUUUAUCAGGACAUGUAAUUGAUGGUCGAAAUUUAUUUCCAGCAACCGGAUAUUUAAACAUUGUUUGGGAAUUGAUAGCGAAAGAGAGAAACUUAAUUCCCGUUUAUCUUCCCAUAGUUUUUGAAAAUUGCAAAUUUGUGAGAGCUACAACAAUACCGAAAAGUGGAUUUAUCACAUUCUCUGUUUCAUUGCAAAAAACAAGUGGAAUUUUUGAAAUUACUGAAAAUAAUAAUCUUGUUGUCACAGGACGAGUUUACACUCCUAGUGAGAUAAAUUUCAUCAAUUUGCCGGAAUUGGAAUUAAGAAAUGACUCAAAAGACGUUUUGGAUGAAUCUGAUGUUUAUAAAGAGUUGUAUUUGAGAGGAUACAAUUACACGGGAUUUUUUAAAGGAAUAGUCAAGUGUAAGGUUGAUGCUUCAGUUGGGUUAAUCCGAUGGGAGAAUAAUUGGGUCAGUUUUAUGGAUAAAAUGCUUCAAAUGAAACUACUUGAAUUAGAUUCAAGACUUUUAUUUGUCCCCAUUGGAGUUGAUAGAAUUUCAAUUGAUCCAAUUAAACAUUUGCAAAAUUUCAUAAAAAGUGAAGAAACCAAUAAAGUUACAGAAAGUGAAGAAACUCUUCUCCAGGUCAAUUCCUACAAAAACAAUAAUCUUGUCAAGUGUGGAGGAAUCGAAAUUUGUGGUCUUCACGCUAGACCGAUUUCCCGCCGCAAAGCGACUUUAGCGCCAGUCCUGGAGACCAAUAUUUUUAUCCCAAAUGAUUUUACAACAGAUUUGAGUCAAUCAAUCCGGAUUAACAUCCAAAUCAUCUUAGAGGAAUCACUUGAACAAAAUUUUAAAGCUUUGGAAAUCCACGACGAAUUUUCUCUUGAUUCACUUGUGAUGCCUUUGGUGUUUAAUACCCUUGAAGAUGUACCUUUAGUGCAACCAAAUUUGGUUAUUUCGACCAAAAAGGAAAUUGAGGAAAUCCCCGGUGUGAAAAUUGAGCCAAUUACGCUUUCCCCUUCUAGUAAUCUUCUCCUAAUUGUUGGAUCAAAAUUGUUCCAAAGAACGACUCUUCUAAAUCAAGUUUUGGCCGCUUUGAGUCCAAAUGGAUUUGUUUUGAGUCGUGAAGAUUUAUACUACGUGCCGGAAAAUUCUGAAAGAAUUACAAUUCUGACUCAACAUUGCACAAAAUAUGAAAAAUUUAUACUUUUCCGGAAAAGUGAAACAAGUCAUCGACAAGUGAUUGAACUGAGUUCAAACCAUUUCGAAUGGAUAUCACAAUUGAAACAAGCUUUGAAGAAUCCAAAUGAGAUAAUAUUGUCUUGCCAAAAUCGCGAAACUGAGGGAAUUUUAGGGUUUGUUAAUUGUGUAAGAAGAGAGCCGGAAGGAAGGAAAAUUCGAUGUGUUUUUGUGAUGGAUCAAGCACCUGAAUUUAAUCCCGAAAAUGGUUUCUACACUCAACAAAUUGAGAAAAAUUUGAGUUUCAAUGUUUAUAAAAAUGGACAAUGGGGGACUUACCGACAUUUACGUCUGGAAGACUGUACUAACAGUUUCAGGGAACACUCAUUUAUCACUUGUACUUCACGAGGCGAUUUGUCAACUUUGAAAUGGGUUGAAGGUCCUUUAUCUUUGAAGGAUAAUAACGGAAAUUUAAUUAAAACUAAUUUUUGUGCUAUUAAUUUUAAAGAUAUCAUGACUGCUUCAGCUCGAAUAAUUCUGAAAAUAGAUCGGAUCAAUCAAGAAAACAUUGAAGGAUUUGAAUUUAGUGGCAAAGAUUUACGAGGUAAUCGUGUUAUGGGAAUGACAAAUAAUGGAGCGUUGGCAACGUUAAUUGAUCCUGAUCCAAAUAUGACUUGGAUGGUACCACCUCACUGGUCACUGGAAGAGGCAGCAACAGUACCGGUGGUUUACUGUACUGUUAUUUACGCCCUUUUGAUGCGUGUAAAUUUAAAACCCGGUAUUUCAAUUCUCAUUCAUUCUGGUACUGGAGGUGUUGGCCUUGCAGCCCUAAACGUGGCACUUGUUUAUCAAUGUAAUGUAUUUGUGACUGUUGGUACUAAAGAAAAACGCGAUUUUCUCAAGAAAAAUUACCCACAGAUUCCUGAAAGUCAUAUUGGGAAUUCGAGAGACACUUCAUUCAAAGAAAUGAUUUUGAAAGAGACUCGAGGUCGUGGAGUUGAUGUUCUUUUGAAUUCAUUGACUGAGGAAAAAUUGAAAAUUUCGGUCCAGUGUUUGGCUAAAGGUGGGAAAUUUAUAGAAAUUGGGAAAUAUGAUUUGAUAAAUAAUAAUUCGUUGCAACUUUUAUUACUUGAAAAAUCGGCGAGUUAUCAUGGUAUUAUGUUAGAUUCGAUAUUUACAAAUCCAAAAGAUCUUAAAUUGGAACUUCAUAAGAAAUUUGAUGAAGGUGUUAAACUUGGAUAUAUUAAACCACUUCCCAGGGUGCUUUUUGAAAGCGAUAACGUCGAAACUGCUUUCCGAUUUAUGACAACUGGGAAACACAUUGGAAAAGUUUUAAUAAAAAUUCGAGAUGAAAAUGAAAUUGAAUCUAAAGAAAAUUCCAUUCAGUGUUUACCAAAAUUUUGGGCUAAUCCGAAGAAAUGUUACAUAAUUCUUGGUGGUUUAGGAGGGUUUGGCUUAGAAUUGGCCGAUUGGUUGGUCUUGAGAGGUGCUCGAAAUCUCCUAUUGACUUCCAGGAUUGGUAUUCAAACCGGUUAUCAAACCCAACGAUUCAAAAUUUGGCAAUCAUACGGCACUCGUGUCCACAUUUCCACAAUUACGAUUUCUUCAAAAGAAGAUUGCCUUAAUUUAAUUAAGGAAGCGUCAAAAUUGGGUCCUGUUGACGGCAUUUUUAACCUAGCAGUUGUCCUUAAAGAUGAACUAUUUGAAAAUCAAACCGAAGAAUCUUUCAGGAUUUCUCUAACACCCAAAGCUUUCGCCACGAAAUAUUUGGACGAAGUUUCACGAGAUUUGUGUCCAAAUUUGCGAUAUUUUGUAGUAUUUUCAUCAGUUUCUUGUGGACGUGGAAACAUCGGGCAAACUAAUUAUGGCAUGGCCAACUCGAUCAUGGAACGAAUUUGCGAAAAACGGAAAAUUGAAGGAUUUCCCGCCUUGGCCAUACAAUGGGGAGCAAUCGGAGAUGUAGGUUUAGUUGCCAAAAUGCAGAAAGAUAACAAAGAAUUAGUGAUCGGUGGUACUCUACAACAGAAAAUCUCCAGCUGUCUCAACGUCUUGGACCAAUUAUUGAACCAAGAAGACCCAAUAGUGUCCUCAAUGGUGGUGGCAGAAAAACGCGAUAAGAGAAUCGGGGGUGAAACUCCGGUCGAUGCAGUUUGUGCCAUUUUAGGCAUCAAAGACAUCAAAACAAUAAACCAACAAUCGACUUUAACCGAACUUGGAAUGGAUUCAAUUUUAGGAAGCGAAAUUUUGCAAACAUUAGAAAAAGACUUUGACAUUUUUAUUCCAGCAAAAGAUUUAAGAAAUAUGACAUUUGCUAAACUGGUCGAUCUUCAGAACCAAAAAAACACGAAAACUCAAGACGAAAAAAUAGAACUAGGCACAAAGGCUUUACUUCAGUUUGUACCAGACAGUAGUUCAGAAGAUUUACCUUUUAUCAAGCUCCAAAGUUUGGCCAAUGAAAAUGAAGAAGCCCCCACUAUUUUCGUAUUACCCGGAAUUGAAGGUGUAGCCAAAUUAGUUGAACCUUUAAGUCAAAAACUCAAAGCUCACGUUGUUGGAUUGCAAUAUUCUUUUCAAAAUCCCGAAAACUCAAUCCAAGAAAUUGCAAUUAAUAUUCUACCGCAUGUGAAACUUUUAUUGAAAGACAAGAAAAGUUUCAUUUUCAUUGCAUACUCUUUCGGAGUACUUGUUGCCUUAGAACUAGUUUCUCUACUUGAAGAAGAAAAUUAUUUUGGCGAAAUUUUUGCAAUCGAUGGUGCUCCUAAAUAUCUGAAAGCUUCAGUUUUACAGCACCUUUCCGGAAAUACUGAAAGUGAAUUUGAGACUUUAAUAAUAUACACAGUUUUAGCUCAUUUCCUUCCAAUUGAAUUUUUGGAUAAACACAAAGACAAGUUAUUAAGUUGUGAGAAUUUCAAUGAACGGAUUGAAAUGGCAAGUACCUUGGUACCACCAGAGUUAUUAAAAAAUGAAAAAAUGGAUAAACAAGCUUUGAUCACUUUCUACAAACGAUACAAAGCAAUUCGUGAAUGUCAAACACACAAAAGGAAAAUUAAAUCAGUGAUUAAACUUUACAAACCGGAAAUUCCUAUGGUUGAGAAUAUGGAAGAAGAUUACAAUUUGUCGGAAUUUUGUGAAGAGAAAGUUCAAACAAUGAAUUUUAAGGGAAAUCAUUUUACAAUUGUUGAACAAAACGAACUUGCUGAGGACAUUACUAAAGCGUUGGAACUUUGA